UCAAAAUAUUUUUCCAAAACGUUCAAAAUAUGCUUUUCAAGGGUCAAAUUUUGAUAAAGAAUCAUUGAUCUUUGAUACUUUUUAAAAUGAUUCCAUUUUUCGGUUGAUCUUGAAAACAAACUUACGAUUUGAGGUUAGGUUUUAAACGUCAAAAUCCACCACAGGCGCGUAACGUCAUUUUCCUAGACAAGAUCUAUUUUAGCGACCGCCCAAAAAAUUAUAUAAACGAAAAAUGGCUACGAUGCUGAGGGGAGCUACUUUAGCCGAAACUAUAUUAGUGAAAAAUGGACCCAAAAUUUUGGGUUCCGCUGCAGCUAAUCGUUGGACACCCCAGCAAAAUCAAACCAGAAAUUUGAACGUGCACGAGCACAUAAGUUACACUCUGCUUAAAGAUGCAGGAAUCACUGUCCCCAACUUUGGAGUGGCCAAAACCAAGGCAGAAGCCAAAGAAAUUGCUCAAAAAUUGCAGACAAAAGACCUUGUUUUGAAGGCUCAAGUUUUGGCUGGAGGACGAGGUGUAGGAGCCUUUAAGAAUGGGCUUAAAGGGGGUGUCAGGAUGGUGUACAGUCCUGAAGAGGCAGAAGAAAUUUGUGGCAAAAUGUUGGGACAAAUGUUGGUGACAAAACAAACUGGUGAAAAAGGUAGAAUCUGCAAUUCUGUAAUGGUUGCAGAGAGAAAAUUCCCCAGGAAAGAGUUCUACUUUGCAGUUAUGAUGGAACGCGCCUUUGCUGGUCCAGUGAUAAUUGCAUCGUCCCAAGGCGGCGUAAACAUCGAAAUCGUCGCCGCUGAAAACCCAGACGCGAUCGUUUACGAACCAGUCGACGUUAUCAAAGGUCUAUCUAAAGAGCAGGCCAUGAAAGUGGCCGUCAAAGUAGGCUUGGAAUCGCAAAAAGAAAAAACCGCCGAGAUGCUCUUGAAAAUGUACGACCUUUUCGUCAAAAAGGAUGCCCUCCUCAUCGAAAUCAACCCUUAUGCCGAAGAUGCCGGAGAAAAAUACUUCUCUCUCGACGCGAAGUUCCGUUUCGACGACAACGCGCAGUUCAGGCAGAAAGAGCUGUUCGCUCUGCGCGAUUGGACGCAAGAGGACGAAAAGGAGGUGCAGGCCGCCAAAUUCGACCUCAACUACAUCGCGCUCGACGGCAACAUCGGAUGCAUGGUGAACGGCGCCGGCCUCGCUAUGGCAACGAUGGACAUCAUCUCUCUGCACGGGGGUUCCCCGGCCAAUUUCUUGGACGUCGGAGGUGGCGCCACCGCGCAUGCCGUUAAGGAAGCUUUCAAGAUCAUCACCUCCGAUCCCAAGGUUCACGCAAUUUUGGUGAACAUCUUCGGCGGUAUAAUGAGAUGUGACGUGAUCGCCGAAGGUAUAAUUGCCGCGGCCAAGGAGUUGAGCUUGAAGAUGCCCAUCGUGUGCCGUCUGCAAGGUACCAACGUUGACGACGCAAAAGUGCUAAUCGCAGCUUCCGGCCUGAAGAUUUUACCAGUAGACAAUUUGGAUGAAGCCGCCAGGUUGGUUGUGAAACUGUCAAGCAUCGUGAGCUUGGCUAGGGAUGCCAAGUUAGAUAUUAAUUUCGAAAUUCCAUUGUAAGUUAAUGUAUUAUUAUUAUCGAUAUAUUGUAUUAUUUUAAUUUUAUGUACACUAUACAAUUAUGAAAAUCAAUAAUAAUUGUUGCAAAGCAUUGUUGUUCCUGCACAGAUUGUAUAUUAUUUAUUAUGUUAAUAAUUAAAUAAAUUAUUCCAUAUU